AUGCAUUCAAAUUUCGUUCAAGCUCAUGGUCCUAAACGUUACAUGACUCCCAAAGACAUUGUACGAAGAGGUCUUCUGUCAUGUGUCACUUCUCCAAGUGAAACUGAAGGUCCUUAUUAUGUGAGUGGAAUGCCGUAUCGUGCCGACAUUACAGAAUCACGUCCUGGAAUUCCAAUGACUCUGUAUAUUACAAUUCUUGAUUUGAGUACUUGUUUGGCAGCGAAUAGUUCACAAAAUGUCACAGUUGAGAUUUGGCAUUGUGAUUUUGCUGGAAUUUAUUCGCAUUAUGAAGAAGCUUCGAAAAAUGUUCAAAAUCCAAAGACAGAUUCAAAUAUUUAUUUUCGAGGAAAGGUUUUUGCAAAUUCGACUGGAAUGGCAACUUUUAAUACAAUUUAUCCUGGAUGGUAUACUGGAAGAGAUGUUCAUAUUCAUGUCCGAAUUUGGCAAGGAACUUCAUUAAGGUUAACUUCACAAUUUUCAUUUGAUGACAAUUUGACAGCUAAGGUUGGACAAAUAUAUCCAUACACUGCAAAUACCAAUCAAAGAACGUAUUUGAGUUCUGAUAAUGUUUUUAAAGAUAAUGGAGUAUUGGGAAUGUUGAAUAUCGUUCAAGUGGACUCAUCGAAUAUGAGUGCAGGAUUCGAUGCCCAUGUCACGAUGGGAGUUUCCUUAUUGGCCAAUGCCACCAGUGUUUCAAGUGCAUCUUCAUCGAAGAGUUUUCCAAUCUCUACUUCCAUAAUGACCACAGCCAUGAGUGGACACUUGUUUUCGAGAUUUCAUUUAACAUGGUUAUGUGUCGUCAUGAUAUGGAUCAUGUCUUGUCUCCAUUAA